CCGCCCGCGACCGUGACUCUGCUGUGGCCACCGCAGCCGCGUGCAGUUCAAUACCCGGCGGAGGUGGGCGAAAGGGUGUUAGAGUGCGGGGGAGGAGUCGAGCCCUGCGCGUCCCCGGAGCGCCGCCACCGCCCCCAGGAGUCCGUUUGGAGCGCGGAGCCCCCUGCAGGGGAGGAGGCGAGCGGCGGGCGGGCGGGACGCGGCGGCGGGCGCGCACCGUGCAGUCCCGGUAGGGCCAGCGCUGGCUGCUCGCGGUGCUGUGAGGCGGCAGGAUCCGCCAGUCGCCUUCCUCUCGCCCAGGUGCAGCCAGGCGCACUCGCCCCUCCGUCCGGCUCCCGGACCCUGGUGGAACGCACGGCCUGUCCCCACCCUACUCCUGCCCGGAUCAUGCGGGGGGCCCCGGAGGAGGAGAGGGCGAGUGACCAGUCUGCGGCGACGUCGUUCAGGGUGCGACCCCCUCUCUGAGACGCCCCCACCUGCUGCCAUGUGCUGCUUCCUCGGAUACCCAGCCUCUCGCCAAACUUUCCCGAUGCCAAUCCGUCUCUGAGAAACGUGGAGUAUCCCAGAGACAGGGGACCCAGGCUGGCUACGGACUCUGUGCUUCUCUCGGGAUUCUCGGAGAAUUGGAGCCUGAUCGUCCCUCUCCAGCCCUGUCCAGCGAAGAACUGAGCGCUCCUGCGGAAGCAGCGCCUUCCCGAAACAGUUGGUCUUUGGACGGAUUUCUUGAAAAAGAAACCAACAGGUUGCCAGCCCCGGCGCCACACAAGUCCGCGGAGAGGGAAGCUCCGAUCCCGGUUUCCUCCUGCCUGAGCUGGCCCCGCGCGGGCUGCGGGAGACGCGGGGAGGGAGGGGGCUAUGGCUCGGCCUGACCCGUCCGCGCCGCCUUCGCUGCUGCUGCUGCUCCUGGCGCAGCUGGCGGGCAGGGCGGCCGCCGCCUCCAAGGCCCCGGCGUGCCAGGAGAUCACAGUGCCCAUGUGCCGCGGCAUCGGCUACAACCUGACGCACAUGCCCAACCAGUUCAACCACGACACGCAGGACGAGGCGGGCCUGGAGGUGCACCAGUUUUGGCCGCUGGUGGAGAUCCACUGCUCUCCGGACCUGCGUUUUUUCCUGUGCUCCAUGUACACGCCCAUCUGCCUGCCGGACUACCACAAGCCGCUGCCGCCCUGCCGCUCGGUGUGCGAGCGCGCCAAAGCCGGCUGCUCGCCGCUCAUGCGCCAGUACGGCUUUGCCUGGCCGGAACGCAUGAGCUGCGACCGCCUCCCGGUGCUGGGCCGCGACGCCGAGGUCCUGUGCAUGGAUUACAACCGCAGCGAGGCCACCACGGCUCCCCCCAGGCCCUUCCCGGUCAAGCCCACACUCUCGGGCCUGCCGGGGUCGCCGGCCUCGGGGAACGACUGCGCCGCCGGGGGCCCGUCGGUGUGCAAGUGCCGCGAGCCCUUCGUGCCCAUUCUGAAGGAGUCACACCCGCUUUACAACAAGGUGCGGACGGGCCAGGUACCCAACUGCGCGGUGCCCUGCUACCAGCCGUCCUUCAGCCCCGACGAGCGCACGUUCGCCACCUUCUGGAUCGGCCUGUGGUCUGUGCUGUGCUUCAUCUCCACCUCCACCACGGUGGCCACCUUCCUCAUAGACAUGGAACGUUUCCGCUACCCUGAGCGCCCCAUCAUUUUCCUGUCAGCCUGCUACCUUUGCGUGUCACUGGGCUUCCUGGUGCGCCUGGUGGUGGGCCAUGCUAGCGUCGCCUGCAGCCGCGAGCACAGCCACAUCCACUACGAGACAACGGGCCCUGCGCUGUGCACUGUCGUCUUCCUGCUGGUCUACUUCUUUGGCAUGGCCAGCUCCAUCUGGUGGGUCAUCCUAUCGCUCACCUGGUUCUUGGCGGCCGGCAUGAAGUGGGGCAACGAGGCCAUCGCGGGCUACGCGCAGUACUUCCACCUGGCCGCGUGGCUCAUCCCCAGCGUCAAGUCCAUCACCGCGCUGGCCCUGAGCUCCGUGGACGGGGACCCGGUGGCCGGCAUCUGCUACGUGGGGAACCAGAACCUGAACUCGCUGCGCGGCUUCGUGCUGGGCCCGCUGGUGCUCUACCUGCUGGUGGGCACGCUCUUCCUCCUGGCGGGCUUCGUGUCACUCUUCCGCAUCCGCAGCGUCAUCAAGCAGGGCGGCACCAAGACGGACAAGCUGGAGAAGCUCAUGAUCCGCAUCGGCAUCUUCACGCUGCUCUACACGGUGCCCGCCAGCAUCGUGGUGGCCUGCUACCUGUACGAACAGCACUAUCGCGAGAGCUGGGAGGCCGCGCUCACGUGCACGUGCCCGGGCCCGGACUCCGGCCAGCCGCGCGCCAAGCCCGAGUACUGGGUGCUCAUGCUUAAGUAUUUCAUGUGCCUCGUGGUGGGCAUCACGUCAGGCGUCUGGAUUUGGUCCGGCAAGACUGUGGAGUCGUGGCGACGCUUCACCAGCCGCUGCUGCUGCCGUCCGAGGCGGGGCCACAAGAGCGGCGGCGCCACGGCCGCGGGGGACUACGCCGAGGCAAGCGCCGCGCUCACGGGCAGGACCGGGCCCCCCGGCCCCGCCGCCGCCUACCACAAGCAGGUGUCACUGUCGCACGUGUAGGAGGAGGAGGAGGCCAAGGGACCGGGAGCCGGGCGGGAGUUGAGGGAGCUAGGUUGUUUUUUUUUUUGGUAGCUUUGCCAAGGUCACUUCCGUUUACCUUCAUGGUGCUGACGCCCCCUCCUGGGGCAACUUGGAGAGAGGAGGGAAGAGGCUGUUUCCAGGGGGGCACCUGUCCCAGGACUUCUCAGAGGGGCUCAGCUGAUGUCUGCUCUAUCUUCCUGCCUUUUCGAGAGGAACCCUGUUUUUAAUUUAUAUGUCGUUUUCUUAAUUUUUAACUUUGUUGCAUUUUGGCAACAAAAUUUACCUUUGCUUUGGGGGGCUUUACAAUCCUAAGGUUGGCAUUAUAAUGAAGUUCCCGCUUGGUUCAGGUUUCUCUGAACUGUGUGGUCUCAAUUGGGAAAAUGUAUUUCCUAUACUUGUGUCUUUAAAAAUAAUGUGAACAGUGAAAGUUCAGGUUGCUGUGACCGGGAAGUUGUCCCGUGGGCUUCUCCAGCUUACUUCUCCUUCCACUGCUUAAAGUGUCCCAGAUGCUUUACGGUGAGCUGCUUGACCCUUUCCCUAACUUAGGGGGGGACACCCUAAGUCACACUGAGGAGGGGAAGCAUAAUGGGUUUGGGGCCUCCGGAAAGUGACAAGGUUAGGAAGUGUUCAGAGUUUCUGUGUGUGUCCUAGCUUUGUUUAGCAAGCUUGGGUUUCUUUUCUGUAGUACUUGUAAUCAUUCUCAUUCUUAACAGUGCCAGCUUAGAGGUAGCAUUGUAAGUGUCCAGAAUAAAUGUUUGGAAUAGUGCUAACCUAAGGGAUGGCGAUUGGUUGAACUUCAAUACUAGACUGUUAAGAUGGCAGCCUUGUGCUGGAGGAGUGGGUGGUUGUUAAUAGACUCCAGUGAUCUUACUUAAAAAAAAAAAAACAACUUGUGUUAUAUUUUGGUAAAAAUGAACCCACUUCCUUUUUCUGAGAGUACUUACUGAUAGAGCUGAAGGGGGCUCCUUUUUACAUUUAAGGACUAAACUGGAUAUACCUCCUGUAAUUAAGUAAAUUUCCAGCACUUCUCUUAUCUGCUCCACCCCCAUCCCACCUCCUUUAUCAUGUUAAACAGUCCUUUUGCUUUUCUUAUUCCUCCUCUCCUGGAGAGCUGUGAUUAGAAACCACACCCAUCCUUGAAUGAGGCGCUUGAAAGGGGGUGGGGUAGGAGGGAGGCUGGCUACCUGUGAACGAACAGCGGCAGCAAUGAGGGAAAAAUGAGUGUCCCUGGACUUUGGACUAGAUUACAGCCAGGUAUUUCAAAAGCAGCGAGACACUGCUCUCUGCAGCCUCUGACAACAACUGAGACCAUAACACACUUGCUUAAGCUUUUGAAACGUGGAUCAGUGUAGCAAAAGGAAAGCUGUUUUCCCCACCCAACCUCAAUAUGUUUCUUUUCCUCCUCUUCUGAGAAAGCCUAUAUAUUGGUGAGCACACCCUCACACACUUUACUGUUGGAGAAUUGUUUGCUUUUCUAAUCUGUUGAACCAUUCCCUCAUUCAUAUAUGAAAGCCUGCGUAUUGUUGAAUACACACGUACACACACUACACACACACACACACACACACACUUUACUGUUAAAAAUGUUGUUUGCUCUCCUAAUCUGUUUAACCAUUCAUUCAUUCAAGAAGAGUGUGAGGCUAUAGCUGGGGAAGGGAGUGAAAGUGCAUUUUACAGUAAAAUACUCGGGACUAAAUUUAAGAAGCUAAAAUGGCAAAUGCAAUUAAAAUUUGGGAAUAAAGAUUUGCACUUCAUUUAUACCAAAGUUGGAAAAGUAAGAUUUAAGCCCAGGUUAGGUUUUACUUUAUGGAUAUUAAGUAAAGAAGUAUAUAUUUUCCACAGUGGAUUUAAGCGCUAUGCUGGUGGAAAGAAGCAUGAUGUUAAUAGUUUUCAUGAACUUUCAAAGGCUGUUCAUGUUUAUAAAAAUGCACUGCUCUUACACACAUCUAAAUCAAAAUUAAAUUUCAGUAUAUUUGACAAAACCUGGUACACCGAGCUACAGAACUUUUUGCACAUCUAAUUCCUCUCCUUAUUCUGCAGCUUCUUAGAACCUUGAAAUAGAUCCCCUGCCUGAGGGCCAGGUCCUCUCCUGUUUUUCAAAUGAGGACCUUUUCUGAUCACCUUGACCUCUUCCCAGAAAGUACAUAGAUUAUUCUGCUGCCUUCAGUCAUUGUGUCUAAUUUGGGUUGUUCCUCUUUUUUUUGUGUGUGUGUGGAAGAAUGUAAAGAUGAUGCAGAAUUUAUCUAAAAGUUGUGAGAGGAUGUGGUUGAAGUGAUUUAAUUCUUACUUUUAAAACAAUUAUUUUUUUUAUUUUGGCAACAUACCAAACCUAAAAAGAACAACCAAUUUACUUUAAAAAAGAAUGUAAGACGGUUAAGAGAAAGGAUACUAAGGCAAAGAGCAAUAAUAGAGGUAAUGCAUUGGAGGUUUUUUAGGUUCAUCCCAGUUCUUAGCAUUGCCUGUUUUCAAGUCUCUCUCUCUAACCCCUGCUCUCCCUUCUCUCAAAGAUUAAGCCCACCUGCUUCCUGAAGUCUUGCAUCAACCACCCCUCCCCCUACCCAGGCAGAGAAACUCAUCUAUUUAUGCUCACCUCGUUUCCAUGCCAUACUCGAUUUUCUCCUGAUUUUUAUUUUCAUUAGGCAGACAAUCCAUACUCAUGAAAACAAUUAUAAAAUGAAAGGUUGUGAGGUAGUUUGGCAACUUCUUUAGAGCUAGCUCUGAUUUUAAUGAGGAUUUAAGGCCCAGUUUAGUCUCAUUCAUAUACAGCUUUUGGGCUGUCCCUUUCACGGUUCAAUUUUAAGCAAUGUCUCUCAUAGAUAGGAGGGUAAAGGUUUAGAAGGAACUAAUAUGUGACCUAUCAGUGAAUCAGUUGACAAAGAGACUUAGGAAGUCUUUUUAAUAUGUAUUAUUAACCUCACAUUUUGAAGCUGUCUAAAUUGACUGGAAGAAAGUUCUCUUGGUGCCUUAUCGGUUUAUCCUUGCAAACCUUGGUCAUAUUUUCUUGCGGUCGUUUCCAACGACGGGCCCGUGUGUGUGUUGUGUCACGUGCGCAUGUACAGGCUUAAAUAAUGUGCCAACAGCACUGUUUCCAAGUUGGUAUUCAUUAGGCCCUUUCCUCCUGGGUUAGGGCUGCACUAACCCUGACACCAGCUGCCAGGAGGAAACCUCAUGGAUCCCACACCGAACCUUAAUAACAGCAUCCGUGACCUGCAGUCUCAAGUACAGAGUGGGAACCCCAGAGCUAGGAAAUGUAGUUGUAUAUUUUAAUGAACUGCCACCCCUGCUAAAGAGGCUUCUUUCACUUUUGUGCUCUACAGAAAGACCAAGGGGGGUAGGAGGGACAAAGCUUUGAAUCACUGCUUUCUAACACCGAAUGGGGCCAACAGGACAGAGAACAUCACAAAUCGAGGCAGGUGUGAGGUGCAGUGGCUGAGAAUUGCCUGCUCCCUCUGCGUGCCCUUUCUUGCCUCCAAAGUCCAAUCAAGUGAUCCUGGGAAAGAAAUCUGCCUGGGUUGAGGAGGGUGGUUCUGAAAGAAAAAGCUACCAACACAUGAAAGCAGGGUGAAGGGUAGGCAGGAUGAAAGUAACUAAGUAACCUGACUCAGAACUCUCAAAAGCUUCUAGCAGCUUGAUGACAAUUACAGGAUUUAUUUCAGCCAGGAUAAUGUCUGUGGUACAUUAUUUGAAGACAAUAUUACUUCAUGUUGUUACAAACUGUAUGUAUAGUGUGUAUGUGUUGUGGGUGUAUAUAAAUAAUAUAUAUUAUAUAUAUGGGAGAUUUAGUGACUUUUGAUACGGGUUUGGUGCAGGUGAAUUUAUUACUGAGCCAAAUGAGGCACAUACCGAGUCAGCAGUUCGAGCGCAGGGCAUUCACUACUUUUUCUGAUUUCUGCACAUGUGUACUGCCUAUCCCAUGAGGUAUCGUUGAUGUCAUGUCAAAUCCAGAACUCAUAAAGCAACGCCAGUGGUAUUUUAUUUGUAGACAAUCAACUCAAAUCUAUAAAUUAUUACUGGCAGAUGAUUAUAAUUCUGAAUCUCUUAACACUAACAAAAGGAAACCCAGAGCAUCUUGAUAAGAAGUUUUUUGUUUUUGUUUUGUUCCUGGAAGUCAAAAGAACGGCAGUUGUAUGUGGUUAUGUUAGUUUCAAGGUACUUAAUUUGCUGACACUAUUUCAGAAAAAAAAUCUGUAUGUAUUGUAUUUGUGGGAAGCUAAAAUAAUGGUUUGAGAUUUUUUAUCAAAUAUGGAGAGUAGUUAUUUAUGAAAAACAAAGAAAUGUCUAUUUUUGUUUCUUUGUUCCCAAUUAAUGUAGAUAAAUUUUAAAGUGCAUUAAAGCAAUGGUAAAGUAAAUAAAAAGAUGCUAUACAAGUA